CAGGUGCUCCUGACGCUGCCCUACUCAUUCUCGCAACUGGGGAUGCUCAGCGGCAUACUGUUCCAGCUCUUCUAUGGCCUGCUGGGCAGCUGGACGGCAUAUCUCAUCAGCAUCCUGUACGUGGAGUACAGAACCAGGAAGGAGAGGGAGAAGGUGGACUUCAGGAACCAUGUCAUUCAGUGGUUCGAGGUGCUGGAUGGCCUGCUGGGGAGGCACUGGAGAAACGUCGGCCUGGCCUUCAACUGCACCUUUCUACUAUUCGGCUCCGUCAUCCAGCUCAUCGCCUGCGCUAGCAACAUCUACUACAUCAACGACAAGCUGGACAAGAGGACGUGGACCUACAUCUUCGGUGCGUGCUGCGCGACAACGGUGUUCAUCCCGUCUUUCCACAACUACCGCAUCUGGUCAUUCCUCGGCCUCGUCAUGACGACCUACACGGCCUGGUACCUCGCCGUCGCCUCCCUCCUCCAUGGCCAGGUCGAUGGCGUGAAGCAAUCGGGCCCAACAAAGAUGGUCCUCUACUUCACCGGGGCCACAAACAUUCUCUACACCUUCGGUGGGCACGCUGUUACUGUGGAGAUCAUGCACGCGAUGUGGAGGCCGCAGAAGUUCAAGGCGAUCUACCUGAUGGCGACGCUGUACGUGCUGACGCUGACGCUGCCGUCGGCGGCGAGCGUGUACUGGGCGUUCGGGGACGAGCUGCUCACGCACUCGAACGCGCUGGCGCUGCUGCCGCGCACGGCGUUCAGGGACGCGGCCGUGGUGCUCAUGCUGAUCCACCAGUUCAUCACCUUCGGCUUCGCCUGCACCCCGCUCUACUUCGUGUGGGAGAAGCUCAUCGGACUCCACGACUGCCGCAGCCUCUGCAAGCGCGCCGCCGCGCGGCUCCCCGUCGUCGUGCCCAUCUGGUUCCUCGCCAUCAUCUUCCCCUUCUUCGGGCCCAUCAACUCCGCCGUCGGCUCCCUCCUCGUCAGCUUCACCGUCUACAUCAUCCCCGCCCUGGCGCACAUGAUCACCUUCCGCUCCGCGCACGCUCGUGAGAAUGCCGUGGAGCCGCCGCCGCAGUUCGUUGGGCGGUGGACUGGCACGUUCAUCAUCAACACGUUCGUGGUGGCGUGGGUGCUGGUGGUCGGCUUCGGGUUCGGUGGCUGGGCCAGCAUGACCAACUUCGUCCACCAGAUCGACACGUUCGGGCUCUUCACCAAGUGCUACCAGUGCCCGCCGCCUCCGCUGCCGUCGACGGGCGCCGCUCCGAACGUCACCUGGCCGCCGUUCCCGGCGACGCCGUUCAACGCCACCGCCGCCGGCGCCGGCAUCGCUCCGGCCCCUGCUCCUUCUUCGCCGGCGCAUUUCUUCGGUCGCCACCACCGGCAUCACAUCCACGGGCUCUGAGUCGUGAAUCCUACCGGUGCAUGAGUGCAGCGCUCGAGCUUGGGCUUAGUUCUAGUUGUUCACCAGCGCCGUCACUGGUUAGUGUAGGCUGUAGCUUAGCACAAAUCCAGCCUCUUCUCUAGUUUGGUUGUGUUUCAGAGAGGGUGGUGACGAGGCUAUCGGUAGCAUGUCACGGAGUACCCCGUUUCAAGUCCCUUGGUUCUGUACUGCCUCCUGGCGUGGAGCUCAAAAAACUUGCAGGAAAAAAAAGGGAAUGUUGCUACGGCCGCAGAUGCAAGAGCCAGCUAAUCUAGCUCUCUUUUACUUUCUCUUAUUCUCAUGCUUGCUCGGUUCUCUUUUGAUGCACCAUUCAGUGCUGUAUCAUUGGCAGUACUUUCAGCGCUAAUGCAUUCAGGAGUCAGGAGCUCUUUGCCCUCAUUCCUUGGC